CUUAAGUCGCAAAUAAUCUGUUCUGUUCUGUCAAAAGAUGGAAACGUGACAACGACAAAUCAUUUUUGUUUUGAAAGGUAUCAAAGUGAAGACAUGUUAUAGUUUUUGCAAAAUACCUGGUUUACAAAAGCGACGAGUACAUGUUUGGUUCAAUGCAAUAUAAAGCGCGAUAUUAUAAUGCAACUGUGAAACGUAAAAAAGGAAAUUAUGUUGUAAUACACAUGAACGAUUGGAAGAUUAUUAUUUUGAACAUUAACUAACUGAACACGAGGAAUUACUUCAGGUUAAAGAGGUGUGCAGUUAGUGAUUGACUCAAACAUGGGAUUGAUUGUGGUGCUGUGUACGGUUGCCAUGCUUUCUGCGAAUGCGCAUUCCCAAACCAUGAAUGGAACUGAAGAGAAGGGCCUCAUCUUUACUGCACGAAACACCUGGGGAACCAGCGCAGCACUCUGGCACUUACCCACGAUGCCCGCGUACGAUGAAGUGCCGAAAACGGUGGAUUUAGUACCGUUUAAUGAUCCAUUCCUACAGUUCUACAGCCUCGAUGUGGAUUAUAGGAAGAAUAUCGUUUACAUCUACGAGAGGCAUUACAGGUCGCUUCUAGCCGUUGAAAAUUACACAGCAAGUAUGGAUCAUAUAACAAGUGCAAAACCAUUUCACCUUGGUAUUUCAUCCGGGACUGUUCAGAUCGCCGUUGAUUGGUUGUCUCACACAAUAUAUUGGACCGACUCCACCUAUCGUUGGAUUGCUGCCGCCCCUGGGGCAAUUGAAAAAAUGAACAAUGACAUCUAUAAAAUCAUUGCCGAUACGAACCUCUACUAUCCUGACGGCAUAACGUUGGAUCCUCUUGAUGGUUUCCUCUUCUGGACGGACAAUGGCCUGCAUCCAAAGAUAGAACGGUCGGACAUGGCAGGGCGAGGCAGAAAGACCCUUAUCACAGAUGGUCUCAUUUCACCAAUAUCCAUGGAAACGGACAUUGCGAACAAACGAAUUUAUUGGAUAGAUACUGUUACAGAAAACAUCGAAUCUUCGAAAUACGACGGUACAGACAGGGUGACAUUAAAACGGAUAACAUUGUCAACGUUGUUUGAUCUCGCAAUUUUCAGGGAUGUUCUAGCCGUCACGGAUGUUUACAACAACCGAAUUAUGUUUUUUAACACUACCAAUCGCGAAAAAGCCGCUUCGAGCAUAUAUUUAAGAACAUAUAUAACGUACAACAUAGCGACUUAUUUCCUAGAAAGUCAACCCUGGAGAGCAGAUGAUCCGUGCCUCGAUUUAAACUGCACACAUAUGUGCAUAACAACAUCAACAGGAGGAGAGUGCGCAUGCGCGGAAGGCUUCGUUUUCAAUAAAUCGACCAACUCGUGUGACGAGAAUAGCAAAGUUUCUCACAGAGCCAUGAUACUUACCGACGACACCUCCAUAUGCCUUACCGACAUUCGAGUGGCUGCGGACACAAGCUAUGACUGUGUUCCCAUCUUCUAUUUAAAUAGCAGCUCGUUUCCAAACAAUAUCUUGCCACCUAAUGCAAGCCGAUCGACAAUAGCUUACAUGGACGUAAACAUGAAGAAACGGGUACUGUACAUAGCUGACAGCAUUGGACAUAUCUUCAGACGUCCGGUUGACCUUCCGAAGGAAGACAUUGCCCUAGAUCUAUUGACUACAGCAAGUGGCAGCAUAACAGGACUAGCAUACGAUUGGACAGACAACAGUUUAUACUGGUCUCAGUCCGAUGGAACCAUAUACGUCAUCAAUGUCGGAGACAGUGCGACGAGACGCGUGUUGGCGAAUGCGGGAAAUAUUACAAACCUAGUCGUGAUGCCACACGUGAGGCGCCUAGGCUUUACCACUGAUGGAACUAUUAAAUCAGUUCUUAUGGACGGCACAAAUAUGACGACAGUGUUUUCAGAAGAAAAUUCGAAUACAACGAUUUCUGAAUUAGUCGUUGACUAUGACGAACAUAUGUUUUACUGGGUGUCGACGGACUCUACAAGAACUUACCUGUACAAGAUGACGAUUUACGGCAAUGAAAAUAGAACUACAAUUAAUAACAAUAUUGAUCGGACUACGUCCUUACUAGCAGUUUACAAGGGAUAUAUCAAGUGGAUGUACCCAAACCCUGUUAACUCGUCGAGGACCUACUACAAGUCAGUUUCUAAACUGACACCAACAGUUUCAACUUUGGGCUACUUUAAUUUGCGUGCAGUGGCGAUGAAGAUGCUGGACGCAAGCGUUCAAAAUAUGGAAACGGAUAAAUGUGCUUAUCUUAAUGGAGGAUGUGAACAGAUAUGCAUUUCCUACCACACGGAUGAAAACACGUUCGAGAAAAAAUGUGAAUGCUCUGCUGGUUACACCCCUAUUAAUACAAACUGCAUUUUGAAGACAAUUUCCCCGGUGGACUUUGCAAUCGUCUACGAUACGACAAAUACGAAUAUCAUGCAGAUUGACCUUAGGACGAAUGAGCAGGCUGUUGUUCCUUUGAAGGAUGUGUCCUAUGUAUUUGGGCUCCUCUACGAUAUUGAAACCAAACGAAUCAUAUGGUCUGAGCGCGACAAUCCAAUUGUAUACAGCGCUUUCUUGAAUGGAACCGGUGUCAAAGUAGUCGGAAAAACAGGAAACAGCGUUGUGAGACGAUUUGCAAAAGACGAAACAACGGGCAAUAUUUAUUACACAUCAAUGUCAUCUUCAUUAGACCAGCAUGUGGGGGUAAUAACUCCAUCGGGCGAAACGAUCAACCUUGUGGAUGAUUUUUCUCAAGAUGCAAUCGGAUCAAUUGCGGUGCAUCCUGGUUUAGGAAAAAUGUACUACUCGGUGAGUGCCUAUCCCAACUCUUACAUGGCAGAGGCUAACAUGGAUGGAUCUUACGUUCGGAAGUUUAUAACAGAUGUGGACACACCCGACGGGCUUGCUAUAGAUUACAUAAACAAUUUUCUUUACUGGACUGACGUGUAUGAGAAUACAAUUCGGCGAUGCAACUUAAACUUAAAUGGCACAAACUGCAGCACGAUCAUUAAUGAGACGGAAUCCGCAACUGUCAUCAUUCGCGACCUCGUGGUCGAAGGCGACAUAAUUUUCUACACUGACUAUGAAAAGGAUUCUGUUGUGGCCUACAACAUGACAGGCAAAACAUUACAGUCAUACGGGAAGAAUCUGGGUAGACUAGCCGACCUCGUGAUUUACACAAAGAACUCUGCAAACAAACAACCAGCAAACAAAGCCUGUCAAUCUAAUAAUGGUCGCGGUGACUGCAGUGCAGUGUGCCUUCCCAAGGGUAGUACGGAGAGGACGUGCAAAUGCAACACGGGAGAAAAUCUGCAGGAGGAUGGGCGCACGUGUAGCAAUGUAUAUAAAUGUAACUCGCUGAUAGUACAGUCGGAUUCUACACGGGUAACUAUCAGUUCAAUGUGCGACAAACGUCUGAACGAUGUUUGUGCCUUCCAAUGUCCUGAUGGCUACAUCGUCAAGAAUGCCUCAGUGUUGGUAGUAAAGUGUUUGAACGAUGGUUGGGACAUGCAGACGGAAAUACUUUGUAUAAAAAAGCCGGCUGAUGUCUGCAACAGCAAUGCCUCUUUGAGCAAUGGCAGAUUGAAUAACUGCUUUCUUCCUACUGUCGGCUCCACUUGUAAUUUUACGUGCGACACCGGUUACGUGAAGAGUGUCGAUAAUGUGAUGUGCAGUAAUUCUUUAUUAUGGAUUCCCAAUGAUUCCUGCAAAGCAACGACAACACCAACGACAACACCAAUGACAACACCAACAGCCACACCUAUGACAACACUAACGACAACAACAAAAACAACAACACUAACGACAGCAACAAAGACAACACCAACCACAACAGCGACGUCAACACCAACGACAACACUGACGACAACAACAAAAACGACAACACCGACGACUAUAACAAAAACGACAACACUGACGACAGCAACAAAAACGACAACAACGAUAACAACAUUCUGCAUGACCAGCGCAAACGCCAUUCCGAACGGUUACAUCAACACAAGCUGCGUCAAUCCAAAGGCUGGCCACAUGUGCAGUUUCAGUUGUCAACCUGGAUACACGCAAGUAAACACAACGAUCACGUGUGACAAUGACGCCAAGUGGGACCCGGCUAAUCCGUGCCAAGAGAUUCUAGGUGUCACAGGUUCCCAGGUUGCCUCAGCCGGAGGAUCUUCGGGGACAAAGAUUGGAAUGGGAUUGGGAAUUGCGAUUGCGUUGGUCGUCGUUAUAGCUGGCGCAGUGGCUAUGUUUGUAUUCAUCAAGAGACGAAGGUUAACGGAGGUCCCGUAUUCGAAUGCAUCGUUCCAUAGAGAAGAUGAGAACAUUUCGAUUGAAAACCCUGGCUACAUGACCACAGGAUUCGCAAGAAUGAAUGACCAUGGCAUUGACCCUUCUCACAUGGAUCAUGUUACGUUCGAUCCUCUGCCAACAGUUCCGGUGAUGCAGGACGAGGACGGGUUUGUGAACCCUCUAUACGGCGCCACCGCUCAACCAGGCGACGACAUACGUCAGCAACCACAGAAUGGAGAACCUUUCUAUUCAAGCUCGCAUAUUGCUUACGACAAUAACACUCUCACAUAGGCCUGGUGCCACACAACAAUUGUUUUAUUAUGUUUUACUUAUUUGAUUUGAGCUAUGGUUGACUUAAAAGAUAAUGAUGCUACUGGGGUUUUGCAUUCUUGAAAUGCUUUUAAUCUUUAUUAUUGUCUUCUUCAGUAUAUUUGACAUAAUUAAUUUAUUAUGUGCCAUGACAUACGUUAAGUGUAUUAAUAUACGUCCGAUAUUGUUGCAAUUGUGUGAGGUUUUUAUUACUUUGUAUGUGCAUUAAAUACCUAUUAAUUAUGUUGCUAUUUUUUCAAGAUUUAAAAACCGAUAACAGCAAAUAAACAUUUCCAAUACUACAUUUUUCCCAUCGUUAAAUACAUUUAUUUGGAUGAAAUCUAUGAACAAACUUCAUUAAUAGAAUCAAUAAAAAACCGUCAAUUAAAACCCUGUUUGUUUUGCAAAUGUUUGCUAUAUUCUACUCAUUUGCAAGACCGUGAGAUUAUCGCAAUACAUUUUAAAUUGUCAUUGUUAUUAUUACAAAAUAUUAUUUAUACAAUAUGAUUAAAUGUCACGUUUGUAUAGCAGUUAGAAUCUUAUAAGCCAAUCAGUGGCAUAUAAUCAUGCUUGUCGAGUAAAGGUUGUAAUCAUUCCUUGUACGAUCAUUUCUUAGCUUUCAUAUAUGGGUGCCAUAUUGUAUUUCAUUUUAUUCGUAAAAAAUGCUUUCAUUAGAAGCACAAAUGUUUUCAAAAAUGACAAAAAUGUUUCGGAAACGAGUGGAUUAUGCUUCGAUUGCAUGUUCUUAUUAAUUAUAGAUUGAUAUUUACAAAUGCUACUAUAUGUUUGCUAGCGCACGCAAAACUCAUUUCUGUGAUAAAACUAGCUCACGACGUUAUGCACUUUACAUACUAUAUUAUGCUUUUGAUUGAAUGAUUUAUGUUAAAUAAUGCAGUGUUUAUUAUUAAGAAAACUAAAGCUUUAGUUGGUGUUGUUUUUGUGCAUGUGUUCUAUUUGUACAUAACAAACAUAUAUGCGUGUUAUUGUAUAAGUUAUUGAUAACUCGAAUUAAUAAUGUACAACGUAUGUGCUCAAAUUGUUGCAGAAAUACGAUACCAACCAACCAUGACGGUUUAUCAAUAUAUAAUUGAGAUCAAUAAGUGUUAAUUCUACGAAUGACUUCACUAAGUUAAGUACUUGAAGUUUUUGUUUAACCUUUAUCCUGAAAUAUGCAGAAAUGUGUCAAACUAAACAUUUUAUAGCAUAACUAUACAUUACUAUACAUAACCAUGUUACAAAAUCACAAAUUAUGAUGAAAUAAUAAAUUCAUGGAUUCCCCUCCAACGAUACCGGAGGGACAAGUACUCAAACACUUUUUAUUGAUCUUCAAAAAGUCGAUUUAAUCAACUACACAACAUCAAUAUUCACUUAAAACAUUAUUAUGCAUGUAGAUUCCAAAGAAAAAGAACAUGAAAAGUUUAUUAGAAUAAGAAAAAUGUAUCGUAAAAAACAUACAUAAAGUGGGUUAAAUAUACUUUUGUUCAAUUUAAAUUACAGCGUUAUUGUCUGUUAACAUUGAAACCAUUUUGUUAUAUAUUUACAACUAAUGGCGUUGGCUUUAUCGUUGUCGGAGAGUUAAGUAUGUAUGAAUAACAAACGCUCAAUUUGUUCUAAAUUAAUUAAGCCGAGUAUAAAUGUUUUAUUAUUAAAUACAAAUUCAAGUCCUUGACUUCCACCAACAAAAUAAGCAAUCGAUGUCUUGAUAUAAAGUAUGUAUGUGUGACGUUGGAAUACAAUAACCCUUUUUCAAUAACAAAUUAUUCAGUUGACUCAGUAUUUAUUUGUUCAGUAACAUUUACCUU